AUGAUAUCUUCUUCCCAGCUGGUUCGGAACAGCCGAGUGCACAGUGCUCGUGACGCGAACAGGUCAAAAACUGUUAAAUAAAAAUCAAGACAGUGAAGUGCAAUGUUAAGGUCGUUCUGAGAAAACAACAACAAUACAAGUUACUGUGUAAAUUCCAUUUAGCAUCGUUGGAGACUUCUUCAUGCAUAUUUUUCAAAUGUUUAUGAUAUGCCGCGUAUGCCUUUUCAACAGUGAUCGAACAAUGAGUGUGUUUAACAAGUGACGUGUGUGCAUGCAGUGUUCAUCCUUCCAGGUCAAUUAGGCCAUUCAGGGAGGGUAUCUCUUAGAUAUUUGGUCACGGUAUUUGAGCACACAUUGAGACUUUUUAACAUAUAAAAAUGAGUGACGAGGCAAAGUGGGACUGUUCUCGCUGCACAUACAAGAACUUCCCAGCAUCUAGAAAAUGUGUGUUGUGUCAGGGUCCAAGGCCCUCAAAUGUUAUUUCAGAUCUUGAGAACUCCGAACAAGAUAUUUAUAAAGUAGCAGAGCUGGAGGCUAGAAAUAAUGAGCAAACAGGAUCUCUGGUAGUUAAAUCGCCUGUUCCUGGUAGCUCAGAGUGGACAUGUCGAUAUUGUACUUACAGGAAUCCAAACAGAAGUACUAAGAAAUGUAUCCAGUGUCUCAUGACAAAAGAUUUUAAAAUGACGUUUACUCCAGAAUCAAUAUCAGAGGGAACAAAAUGUUCAGAUGUAGAGCCUUUAACAGUUUCCCCUGGCGAAUCAUCUUCAGCAAGCAGUUCUAAAAUGUUGAUGCUGAAACAGAAAACAAAAUUUGCUUUUGGCAGAACUGUAUCGGCUGUGAUAAAAUGGUCAUGUAAAGCUUGCACAUAUGAGAACUUCCCAAAGGCACUGUCUUGUACUAUGUGUACUACAAGGAGAGAUUGGCCUGCAGAUGGAAAUGAUAGUCCAAGUCCUAAAAGCCAGUUUGAUUUAAAUGAGCUACAAUUGGAAAUAGACGUUGAUUCAAAAAAUCAGGAAAACAUGAAAUCAGGACAAAAUUCACCUAACAGAACAAGUGGUAGUCAGAGAAAUAAUAAAUCUGGACAAAAUUCUCCACAGACCUCAAAUGAGCCGUCAAAUUUAAAUGUAAGUCAAGGUAGUCCAGUGUCGUCAAAUAAUAGAUCUGGUCAGAACUCGCCAAACACUUCAGGGCAAACUUCUCCUAAUAAUAAGUCGUCACCCUCAUCUUCUCAUAGAAAUUUGAGUCAGGAACAUAUAAUUCCUUAUAAUCAGGAUGCUGAGCAAAACACUUCAAAACAGACAUCACCAAAGAACAAUAGAUCUGGUCAGGUUUCACCCCAGGACCCAGGGCAGACUUCUCCAAAUAGUGUAAUACGCGGCUCCCCAGGUAUAGCAAGAGCCUCCAAAAGCAAUAGAAAUCAAAAUCGUGUCAGAAAUGAAGCAUUAUAUAUUCAAGACACUGUAGGUGCAAUAGGAGGUAUGAGGGAUGAUGACAGGCGUGAACGUAGAAUACAAAAACUCAGGAAAAAACUCAGUCGAGAAGAUACAAUAUGGUUAAAUGCUUGUGAAUCUGUUAUUAAAGGUGAUUCUAGUGGUAUAGAGAUUUAUUUGACUUCGGGUGGCGACCCUGCCCGGCAGCUUACUAAAGAUGAAGUAUUGAUACUGGAUCGUCCCAGUGCAUAUGAGAUAGGUCAUACUUUAGUUCACCUUGCGCUGAGGUUUAGACGAGAUGACAUGGUGGCUGUUUUGCUUGCAGCCACGGAUAUUUCAUCAAAGGGAUUUAAACGUUUGCCAUCUUACACUUGCCCAGACCUCUCAUCUGCAAUUAGAAGGGAGAUUUUUGUCAUGUUGAAACAACAUAAAAGAACAUUUUCUUGCUACUUCCUGACAGAUCAUUGUACUUUCACUUUGCCAGCAGGUAUAUGGGAUUUUCCGCCUCAUGUACAGACCCAGUUGUUUGACGAAAUACUGGAUACAGAUGUUGAUAAGGAAUUAACAGAUGAAUGUGUUAUCAACUGGAGUGUUGAACUAACAGAGAAUCUGCGAAGUCGUUUAUAUGCUCUAUGGAACCGAACAGCUGGGGACUGUCUUCUUGAUUCUGUACUCCAAGCAACAUGGGGAAUACUUGACAUAGAUAAUACAUUAAGACGUGCAUUGUCUGAUAGUCUGCUAGAGGCACGCAACAGUUUUUACCCAAAGUGGAAAGAAUAUGAGACAGUUCAGGCACACUUGAUGAACUUCAGCUUGGAUGAGGAUCAGUGGCAGAGAGACUGGGCAGUUUUGCUUAGUUUAGCUAGUCAGCCAGGUGCAAGUUUAGAACAAAUGCAUAUAUUUGCUUUGGCUCACAUACUGAGAAGACCUAUCAUUGUGUAUGGAGUGAAGGUUGUGAAAAGUUUCCGUGGAGAAAGUAUAGAUUUUGCCAGAUUUGAAGGUGUAUACUUGCCGUUGUUAUGGGAGCGAAGUUUCUGCUCCAAAACACCAAUAGCUCUCGGUUAUACAAGAGGUCAUUUCUCGGCUCUUGUACCAAUGGAGAUAGACUCUGGUAUAGCUCUAGCAGGUGCUCAUAUAGACAAUGCUGUUGAAGAACAAGUGUUCUACUUACCACUAGUUGAUCAUGAAGGAUCCUUCCUCCCGAUCCACUUUGUGACAGGAACUGAGCUUGGUCAGGAGGAGACAAUCUUGAGACGCUGGUUUGACUGUUUAGUUACACAGGAGGGACUAUUUGUGGCAAUACAGAAAAUCGAGAAGCGUCCGGCACUUGUUGGUCAGAUGGUUGAAGUGUGGCUGGACCACUACAGACACGAAGCAAAUAAACGAUCUCAGAGAGGAAACACAUCCCAAUACUCCAGUGAGGAUGAGAGUGACCAGGAAGAAUAAUACUCCAGCUGUGGGAACUAGAGUGCACUGUAACAGGCAACAGGAAUUCAUUUUGAUUCACAUUUUCUGCAAUAGGGGCUAUUGUCAUAUGUCUUUUAAAGUACCUGAUGAUAGAUGAUAAAAUAAUGGCAUUUCAUAUGAAAAACAUGUGGCUACAAAACCUGUUCCAUUUGUCUAAAGAAUUUAGUACCAAAAACAAUUUUGUUUAGAGUGUUUUCCACACUAAUUUAAUUAUUAUUUUGGACUACAGUCAAACCGGUCUGUAAAGACCACCCUUGGGAGAGCCAAAAUGUGGUCUUUAUUCACAGGUUAAAAUACACUGUAAAUGUUAAAAAGGGAAACAAAACAUGUGGUGUUUAAAGCCAGGGGGUCUCUGUUCAGAGGUGGUCUUUAACACAAGUUUGACAGUAUUUCAUAAAACAUUUUACUCAAUUUAUGAUACUCUUAAAAAGAUGUCUGUAAAUGAGAACUUUUACAAAUAUUUCCCAUGAAAAGAACAUAUUUGUAUUUUUACAGAGAUUUUGCUAUGAAAAUUACGUACUUGCUUUCAUAAGAAGAGUAAUUGACAAAUUAAACAAGACUUACCUAGUAAGUUGAAGUUUGAUGUUAAUUUUGUUAGUCCCUAUCUACCAGAAUCACAUGAGUGAGCGGAUGCGAUCACGUGACCAGACCCAUCAGACUUUAGCGACAGGCAAAUUAAAUUCGUGACAACACAGUUUUGUAACUAAUGGGAGGGCAUGCUUAUCAAGGGAGGGCAUGUGAUCCUGGUAGAUAGGGACUAACAAAAUUAACAUCAAACUUCAACUUACUAGGUAAGUCUCGUUUAAUUUGUCAGUUUUGUUAUUCCUAUCUACCAAUCAGAAUCGCCAUGAGUUUUUAGAGCAAUUUGUCACAAAUUUUCAUUGAAAAUCCACAAAAUUAUAAAUUUAGUGGAUGCAAAUCUCAAACAAAAACCAAAGUGAUCUGAUCUACUUGUAAUACUGUUACUAUCAUAUAAUCAUAAGUAUAUGGCAAAAACUUGCAAGUAUUUUAAAGAAGAUAACUACAUGUAUGCUAACAAAAUAUAAUUCCAUAUUUCAUUUGUGAGUAAUCCUGUACAGUUUCGGUUUACCAUAAACAUAUGUAUCAAGGGCAUUUAUCAAGCACACUGUGUGCAAAGUCUGUGCUAUUAGUAAUUUCACGUUUAUAAUAUUUCCUAAAUGUACAGUCACUUUUCCAUCCUGCUGUCUGUAGCAGUGUCAAUUGGAAUUUUUGUUGACUCGGCACUAGUAGAAGCACUUCUAGUACUGUGAGAUUUGAACAUUUUCAUGUCAAUCCCCGCCAUUGAUAACACUGUUUUAAUCCAUUUACUAAGUGUUGCUUCAGUGACACAAUAAUGAGGCUUUUGGUAGCUAAUAAACAAACGCAUUUUAUCUCUAUGUAGUUCUUUAGUUUUGUCUAAAUACAUAAUUAUACCAUUUAUUACACAUAGGUUUUUGUCUUUUUUAUAACACUGAAUAUGUAAUUCCGAAAGGUGACUACCAUGUUUACUAGUUUUUAGCAAUUCACCAACAGGAAUUUUUACAUAUUCUUCACAAAUAUCUAUGUUGCGAAUAUCGAUACUAUAAUAUGUCUGCAACCUUUGUCCUGUUGUUAAAGCUAACAACUUAAGUAAUUUAAAACUUAAAAGCUUUAAACUUAAAGAAACAUCAUCAACACCUAGGUGAUUAGAAAUAUAAGCCAGCACUGACGAAACAUCCCAUGUACAAUUGUAGCGUGGCUGUACCGGUUUUUCAUUAAACACACCUUUCAGAAACUGUUUGAUCAUAAUAUGUUGUCCUAUUUGAGUAUUAUUUACAAUAUUUACAAUGCUUGAAAUGAAAUGUUGAGAACAGCGGUGCCACCAGUACUGCAUCGGCUUCGUCUUGCUCUAUUUUCUGCAGAACAUUUCCUAUCACACUGAAAGGAGGGAAAAUGUAAGAAUAAAAAUUGCUCCAGAGAAGUGAAAAUGCAUUUACAGCCAGUGCUUUAAUAUCCGGCGUAUAUGAAACAUAUUGUGGUAUGUGAAAAUUGUAUUUCGAGGCGAACAGAUCUAUAUCACAUUUCCCGAAUACAUCAGUAAUUUUUCGAAAACUAAUAUCUGUAAUCGACCACUCCAUAUCAUCAUUCAUUUUUUGGUCUGCUAAGUGCAUCUGCCCUGGUAUUUAAUUUUCCUGGGAUGUGAUUCACACUAAUCCAAAUUCCUUUAUCAACGCACCAUAGCUACAUUUCUUUGGCUAUCCAGUUUGAUGUCGGAAUCCUGUCUCCCAUUUUUGUAAUAUACUUAAUGGCAGAGGUGUUAUCUAAAAGCAACUGCACAUGCUCAUUAAGACUAUGUUUACAGAAAUGUUUUAGUGCUAAAAAUGCGGCUUUCAGUUCAAGAACAUUAUAUGUUCCUGUCUAUCUACCUCACACCAUUUUCCACUGAAUUGUUGCUUGAAGGUGACGUCAUGCGCACUGUAGCCUGUUAAACUGCUGUCCGAUUCUAUAAUUCUAUUAGGCCUAGAUAAGCAUACGGGCUUGAAAGACUUUUCAGUAUUUGUAACCCACCAAUUUAUGCACUGUUUGUUUUUUUUCAGAAACUGUCAUUUCUUUAUCAAAAUUUCCUUUAUGAUAUUUUAAUUCUACAUCUCCUUGAAUCUCAAGAUAGCGGGGCAUACUGUACACCUGGUUCGCUUGAAACCAUCUUUCCUAUCUAUUUCACAAAUUGUCUUAUUGUAGUAGUAUCUUUUUGAAGAACCGUAUGACACUCUUAUAUCAUAUUUUGUUUUUUUUUCUGUUAAUGUAACUGUCAUUUCAAAAGAAUUAAUUAGGAAACCUACAAAUUCUAUCACCUGUGUUGGUAAAAAUACUGAUUUUUCAGGAUCUACAGUUAUACCCAAAUCAUCAACUAAAGACGCAGUCCUGUCUACAUUAUUUUGGCACUCUUGAAAUGAAUCCCCUGAUAAUAAUGCGUCGUAAAUGUAUGAACAAUGUAUGAACAAUUAGUGUAACCUUCUUUUCGGAGGGUUUAAAAUACUGGUUUCAUUACCUUAGUAAAUAUACGAGGCGCACUCGAUAAUUCGUUUGGUAAGAGAGCAAACUGAUAAACCUGAUCUCCCCAUUUGAAACAUAAAUAUUUCCUGUCUUGUUUGUUAAUAGGAAUACUGAAAUAUGCGUCCUUGAAAUCUAUUUUUGCGAAAAAAAACCCAGUUUUUCCUCACUAAUUGCAAUGCCGAAUUCAAAGUCUCCAUUUUGAAAUGUUUUUUACAGAUAUGGACAUUUAAUCUAGAUAGAUUCAAUAUUAAUCGAUGAGAACCAUCUGAUUUGGGUCUAUUGAAAAUAUUUGACAAAACUUGGUCAUUUUUCCUUAUCACUUUUUCUAUAACAGCUUUUGCCUCUAACUUUGAUAAUAAAGUGUCAAUUAUCUAUUUUUCUUUACCGGAAAACAUUAUAGGCUUUCUAUCACAUUGUAUACAUGAAGCUGAAUUAAAUUCCAAUUUAUAUCCACACGAAAUGAUACUUGUCACUAGUUAAUUUUUCCCAUUUUUUUGUGAAUAAUGACACUUUACCCCUAUAAAAUUUUCAGGAGUAUUAGCCAAAUAUUAGCCAAUCGUUUACUUACUUCUAUUGUUUGUGAUGUCCUUAGUUCCUUUUCCGACCCUUGUCCCCUUCAUGCCCACACGCUGAUGUUGAUGUACAUGCUGGUGUGCAAGGGCUCUUCUUCCUAAAAAAUCACCUGAGGAAGUACCUGAUGAGGCUGUUCCUUCAUUCCCCACUUUGAUGCACCGGUUUUGGACUGAUGUCGCAUGUUUCCAGUUGUAAUUACUGUCAGAUUUUUUGCUCAGCUUUUGACUAUCCUCAGUCACCUUUAGUCUUUUUUCCAGUUCUUAAUCAUCACCAAAAAGAUGCGUUGGUGACGAAAUUUUCUCCGAGUCAUUACAUAAUGCGACAUACUGUGAGGAAAUGGCAGGCGUGAGCAACCUGCUUCUUUGGGUCGAGAAUUCCCUAUGCGCAUGUGCAAGAAGGUUGAAAGCAUCCAAGGAUAAAUCAAAAAUUUCCUCUGCCUCUUGAUCCCAUGUUUAAUAUUUUGUUCAUUAUACGAAUAAGAGGGGUCAUGCCUUUAGUGAUAUAAUUUUGUGUCCUUUGCAAUGACUUAUCUACCUGUUUCAAUUCCUUCCCGAUGUGUCUAUUACUCCAUAGCACUUUAUUUACUUUCGGAACUUCUAGGAAUGGGCAGUUUUCAGGCAUGUUAUUCUUAUUUAGCAGACCUUGAAUUGUUGACGACUUAAGAUCAACCGGUUCGGAUAAUCCUCUGUUGACAGUAGAAGCCACAACUUUAUGUACCACUGGUCCAUAUUCAGUUUGUUUUGAGAAUUAGAAUUCAACAGCUUUAAUUUCAGGAUCUUUUUUGAUAUUGAAUGACCUGAAUCAGCAUCCAGUUUUUGUUUUAUUGACAUCCGGUUCUUUGUCUGAGUCCAGAUCCGAUGCGUCAUCGUCACAGGAAAUCAUCUCAUACUGACUGACUUCGUCGUCUGAGGAUUCGCUAUGUUCUUUUCUCUGUGUCACAUCAGUUCUUGAGCGGUUGUUUGCCAUGUUAUUUACCACAUUAGUUAAUUUCUCAAUUAUAGAUUGUUGUUGUUUAAAGAGUUCUUUUGUUUCAUUGUACUGAUCGUAUAACAGCCUCAUCAUGUUGUUAUUGUUAUUGUUCUCCGCCAUAUCUAAUCUCGGAUCAUAAUAGGAUCUCUGCGAUCCGUAUCCAGGAAGCCACAUGUUGCCAAGCGUUUCAGUUCUUGUGGUGUUUACUUUUCCAAGUAGACUUCCGGUCAUCUCACUUCUAGUUACAUCACCUUCAACUGUGUUGGCAGCGAAUGAUGUGGCACUUCUGUUCAUGCAGUUGUUAUGCAAUUGCGAAUCUGCCAUUGUAGUUUCAGUGCCUGGCAAUAUGCCAGCAAGCACCCGAAAAAUACCAUGGCGAGACUGACUAAGUGUCUUUCUGUCGUUGAACUAGAGGCCCCGUUAAAGGCUUAUAGACCUGAAGAGGUUCAGAAUCUCCAGCAUUCAGCUCAGUCUGAGUCUGGGACGUAGGGACUGAUUCAGUCCCUUCCGCCAUGGUUCCUGCGAGCCAGCGUAACAUGUUAAGAAAUCCAACACAAUCCUUGAAUACCUAGUCCGACACAGUAUAUGAAAGCACAUAAAAAGAUUCCAUAAAUUGUCAGGAAUAAUUUAAGCCACACAAUGCCUGUUUUUGUUCUGUUAACAGAAAGUAUUUUGAAUUUAUAUCCUAGAUUAAUAAAACGAGAGUAUCUUAUCUCUGAAGGGUCUGGUCACGCGAUCGCGUCCGCCCACUCAUGGUGAUUCUGAUUGUAAGAUAGGGAUAACAAAAUUCACCAUAUUUCUGGGUUGAAAAAAAUCUUUAUUGGAUAAUUUUGUUAAUGUAAUGAUGUAAUACUUGCAAAUGAGGGAAGCUCCUGUUACAGAAUAAGCGAGUCAAGCAUUACUUUCUCCAAAAGGAAGAGAUACACUGAGGGAGAUUUGAUACAGUUGGAUUGUACUGUAUAUGUUUUGUGCAGAUAUGGACUGUAAAUAUUGAAUGUAAGAACAGUUUAUAUAUUUCAUGCUGUUUACUUGUAAACAGGCAAAUGUAUUUUGAUCCCACCAGUUAUUUCAGUUUGGACUUAUGUAUCAGUGUAUUCCAUUUAGAUUUCAUCAUUUCUGUGUUAUAUUUUCUCAGUGAUCCAGCAGCAGGUAUGUUGAUGUAUUAAAAUAGUUAUAUUUUUCAUAUUUCAAGUUGAUAUUACCCUUUGUUGUCAAAUGCUUUUUUCAAAGUUCUGUUAACUUUAACAUUGUUUAAAUUAAUUUAAUUUCUUUUCUGAUUUUACAAUUAAAAAGGGACAUGCACUUGUUUAGCAACAGAUAGAGUUAUGCUACUGAUUAACCCUUAUCAUGCUGGACACGAUUGAUUCUGCCUUUGUGACCAGUGUAGAUCAUGAUCAGCCUGCACAUUUGUGCAGUCUGAUCAAGAUCUGCACUGUUUGCCAGUCAUUCAGUAUCUUUAAACAGUUAAUGGUACUGUCCAAAUUAAAAAAUUGGAAAAGCUCAUUAUAGAAAUUUAGCAGGGUAUGGGUCAAGUGAUAAAUAAGUGUAUAUAGCAUUUUCAGGUAGAAUGUAGCACUCUAAUAUGUCAUAAUCCAUACUUGUCUUCUUGGUGCAAAAAAAGGUUAAGUGUUUUCCUAUGUCAUAGCAGUUACUUGUUUUUUGCACUAAAGUGACAACAUGAAAUACAAAUGGCAUACAUGUUUUGGGUAAUUUUUACUGUGGCAUUUAUUACAUGAACAUGUUUAACCUAUUUAAAUUCUUUGGAUUUCAAUUUUAGAUAUGUUUCCUUUUGUUGCUAUUGACUUUAAAACGAGUGUUGAAACAGUUUCCCUAGUUUUAUGGAAUGCACUCCGCAGCAUUUAUAUUGAUAAUAGAUUGAACAGAGCAGAACAUAUUUGUACUAGUCUAGUUAUUACUCUAGCUGCCUGUAAAAUACAUGCAUGCACUGUAUGUAAAGUGGUUUCUACACAAGGUUAUGCCUGCUAGAUAAACCAUGGCACAGUUAUGGUGACGUGAAUAUUUGAACGAAAAUUAUGUUAUACUAUAGUUACUAGAUGAUUUCAUAUUGACUUUGUUCUCUGAGCAAAGACUGUUGUAGGGGCCAAUCAAACAGUCCAAGGUCAUAUAACAAAGCCAGAUUGAAAUCACCCAAUUAAUGACUAUUUUAUUAUUUAACUUUAUGAUCAUUAUCAUUAAUGUGAAUCAUAAGAGAGAACAAAAGACAAUUUCCAUUUUCAGUUGCAAAAUAAGAGUUUUUAAGAAACCUUUUGAAGAUAAUGCCUGUAAUACAAUUAUACAUUUAUUUCUACCAGGAUUUGUAUCUGUACAUUUUUAGCUCAUCUGAUUUUUUUGAAAAGAAAUGAUGAGUUAUUGUCAUCACUUGAUCAGCGUUGGCGUCGGCGUUGGCGUUGCCUGGUUAAGUUUUAUGUUUAGGUCAGCUUUUCUCCUAAACUAUCAAAGGUAUUGCUUUGAAACUUGGAACACUUGUUUACCAUCAUUAGCUGACCCUGUACACCAAGAAACAUAACUCCAUCCUGCUUUUUGCAAGAAUUAUGGCCCCUUUUGGACUUAGAAAAUAUCAGAUUUCUUGGUUAAGUUUUAUGUUUAGGUCAGGGUUUUUUCCUAAACUAUCAAAGAUAUUGCUUUGAAACUUGCAACUGUUGUUCACCAUCAUAAGCUGACCCUGUGCAGCAAGGAACAUAACUCCAUUCUGCUUUUUGCAAGAAUUAUGGUCCCUUUUGGACUUAGAAAAUAUCAAAUUUUGUGGUUAAGUUUUAUGUUUAGGUCAGCUUUUCUCCUAAACUAUCCAAUGUAUUGUUUUGAAACUUGCAACACUUGAUCACCAUCAGUAGCUGACCCUGUAUUAUUAUUUUUAUUAUUAUACCAGAUUUAUAUAGCGCCCUUUUCAUGAUCAAUUUCACAUUCAAAGGCGCUUUACAUAGUUCAAAUGCAGCCACACAGGGCCAGAGGGACAGAGUGAGACAAAGCCCCCACAACAGAGAGAUCAGAAAUCAGAUACAGGCUUGUCUGGCUAACUUAGCCUAGCUCGUUUCGAAUAGACAGCCUGGUUCUUUAACCUGCCCAGUGUAUAGCACUGAUACACGCAAGGAUUGCCUGGGUUCCUGACCAGUACACCUCUAGUUGGGUGUACAGCAAGAAACAUAACUCAAUCCUGCUUUUUGCAAGAUUUAUGGUCCCUUUUGGACUUAGAAAAUAUCAGAUUUCUUGGUUAAGUUUUAUGUUUAGGUCAACUUUUUCUCUUAAACUAUCAAAGCUAUUGCUUUGAAACUUGCAACACUUGUUCACCAUCAUAAGCUGACCCUGUACAGCAAGAAACAUAACUCCAUCCUGCUUUUUUUGCAAUAAUUAUUGCCCCUUUUGGACUUAGAAAAUCAGUUUUCUUCGAGAGUAUUAUGUUUAAGUCAGCUUUUCUCAUAAACUAUCAAAGCUAUUGCUUUAAAACCUGCAACAGUUUUUCACCAUCAUAAGCAGACGCUGUACAUCAAGAAACAUAACUCUAUCCUGCUUUUUGCAAGAAUGAUGUCCCUUUUUAGACUUUGAAAAUCAUGGGUAGGACAAUAUUUUAAUUAUACAAAAAAAUCAGAUGAGCAUCAGCACCUGCACGGCGGUGCUCUUGUUUGUUGAACAGGUAUAAACUUGUACAUGUUCAUUUAGCAGGUAUAAACUUGUAAACUUGUACAUGUUCAUUUAGCAGGUAUAAACUUGUGAACUUGUACAUGUUUAUUUAGCAGGUAUAAACUUAUUUCAUUUAGCAGGUUUAAAGUUGUGUAUUCUUAUGUGCUUAGACAAAACUGUAGUUUAUUAUUGUAAUUAAAUAUUUGUUAUUUAUUUUUAAAGUGAUGUGUUUUUUGAUUAAAAUUUUAUUGUUAAAUGAUUUAUUUCAUAUGUCAGACUUAUAUUGUUUAAUUAGAUUAAUUUAGAGUGUUUAAACCUGCUUAAACAUUGGUACAACCUGAUAUUUAUGUACCCCUCCCAUGACUUAAGUACUUGCAUCUCAGCACCAUUGAGAAAACGUAUAUUUUUCUGGCCAUUGUUUGUAACUUACAUAAAUUUUUUUGAACUUUCUUAAAUUAUACACAAAUAUGUUUAAAUUCACAGAAGUCCUUCAAUGCUUUUCUGAACAAAGUCAUUAUGCUGGUCAGAACUUUUCUCCCUAUAUAAAAUGUUUUUUCUAUGUCAAAAGAUACAGCUAUAUUAAACUGAUUGUAUGUAAAUGUUCACUCUAUCUGUGAGAGUGUACCUUUGAGUUUUAAUACUGUUGUCUAAAUCUCCCAUUCAGAUUUGUUCACCUCUGUCAAUGUCUACACUUGAUUUAGUUAAGAAUCUUUAAGAAAAGAUAAAAAUCUAAAAGACGUUAAAUAUAAUAAUGGUGUAAAAUAAUAAAGUGAUACUGAAAUGCAGAAAAUUGCAUGUAGGCAGAUAUCCCUAACUUCUCCAAGUUCGGGUAUCUUUUCCAGCUAGCCCAUGUUCAUACUGUCAUUAUAGGUUUUCUUGGUUGUUUUGGCAAGUUUCUUCAUUUAGAGUGGUGAACAGUAAGAAUUAGCUAGCUUUGUUAGUCCCCUACUGGUUGAAAACCAGUUUCGGGGACUAUAGGAAUGCGCUUUUCCGUCAUUCCGUCCGUCCGUCUGUCCGUCCGUCUGUCCGUCCGUCCGUCCGUCUGUCUGUCCGUCCGUCCGCAAUUUCGUGUCCGGUCCAUAACUCUGUCAUCCAUGAAGGGAUUUUAAUAUUACUUGGCACAAAUGUUCCCCAUGAUGAGACGACGUGUCAUGCGCAAAACCCGGACCCCUAGCUCAAAGGUCAAGGUCACAAUUUGAGGUCAAAGGUCAACAGGGCUUUUUUCCUGUCCGGUCCAUAACUCUCCCAUCCAUGAAGGGAUUUUAAUAUUACUUGGCAUAAAUGUUCCCCAUGAUGAGACGACGUGUCAUGCGCAAAACCCGGACCCCUAGCUCAAAGGUCAAGGUCACAGUUGGAGGUCAAAGGUCAACAGGGCUUUUUUCCUGUCCGGUCCAUAACUCUCCCAUCCAUGAAGAGAUUUUAAUAUUACUUGGCACAAAUGUUCCCCAUGAGAAGACGACGUGUCAUGCGCAAAACCUAGACACCUAGCUUAAAGGUCAAGGUCACAAUUUGAGGUCAAAGGUCAACAAGGCUUUUUUCCUGUCCGGUCCAUAACUCUCCCAUCUAUGAAGGGAUUUUAAUAUUACUUGGCACAAAUGUACCUCAUAAUAAGACGAUAUGUCAUGCACAACUUUCAAACCCCUAGCUCAAAGGUCAAGGUCACACUUAGCAGUCAAAUGUUAACAUAGCAUGAACAGGGUCUGUUUCGUGUCCGGUCCAUAACUCUGACAUUCAUUAAGGAAUUUUAAUAUCACUUAGCACAAGUGUUCCCCAUGAUGAGAUGACGUGUCGUGCGCAAAUCCCAGACCCCUAGCUCAAAGGUCAAGGUCACAAUUGGGGGUCAAAGGUCAAUAAGGUUUUUUCCCUGUCCGAUCCAGAACUCUGUCAUCCAUCAAGGGAUUACAAUAUUACUUGGCAUAAAUGUUUCCCAUGAUGAGACGACGUGUCAUGCGCAACACCCAGUACCCUAGCUUAAAGGUCAAGGUCACACUUUGAGAUCAAAGGUCAAGAGGAUUUUUUUCCUGUCCGGUCUAUAACUUUGUCAUGCAAAGCAGGAUUUAGAUAUCAGUUAGCACAAAUAUUCCCCUGGAUGAG